AUCCCCGAUUACUCCGGAGAUGUAUUGGAUGUAAAUUGGGACAUUGUAAUGAGUCUUCGACCUACAGUAGUUGAGAUUACACAUCCCAGAAAUCCGUUAAAGGAUUUGAUUACAGCACUUAAAAGCAUUGAGGACGAUAAGGUGGAGGAAUUUUUUGCGAGACUGAAGUUGCUUUCCCUGGAUAGAGCCGACAUCACAGUAGAUGAUCUGAUUUUCUUGUUGCAAAAACUCAAGCUGCUUGAAGGAUUUUCAUUCUCUGAGUUAGAGUUUUCUAAGAAGGAAUGGAUACGAUUGCUGCCGGAGUUUCAAAGGUUAAAUAUCCGAGCUAUGGAGAUUAGUCGAGACAUACUAGACCCAGUCCUGGAUAAAAUGAAUGUGGAACUUGUAAAGUUAGCGACAUUUCCUGGGCUCAAAGUCAAUUCUCUGAAGAGUUGUUCCGCUACGUUCGUCACUGUCUCGACACUGGUUAUUCAAGAAUUGGACUACACGGAUGAUCGCGAUGCAGAAGAUCUGAUUAGUUGCAUUGAAACAAAAUUUUCUUAA